UAUUUGACCCCAGCAUUCAUACUUGGAUCACAUAUUCACACCCUCCACACAAAACAAAACAAACACAUACAUCUCAAUCUUAUACACAAAGCUAGCUAAAAUGAUGAAAUGGCUGGCUAGAAGCCCCCUAGCAAGGAUGCACAGGCUUGCUGUAGAUCGUUCCAUCCGUAAAUACGGUCUCCGAUACGACGAUCUGUACGAUCCUCAGUUUUCUUUAGACGUGCAAGAGGCUCUGAAUCGGCUUCCCAAAGAGGUGGUUCAUGCGCGAAACCAACGCCUUAAGCGUUGCAUGGAUCUCAGCAUGAAGCAUUCUUAUCUCUCCAAGGAGAUGCAGGCGAUGCAGACACCAUUCAGAACCUAUAUUCAGGAAAUGAUGGUGGUUGUACUCCGGGAGAAGGCUGAACGUAAAGCUUUGUGUGCUUUGCCCCUGUAUCAACGUACCAUUCCUUGAUUCCUUUCCUUUAUUUGCACCACAAAUUCUUUCUUUGCUAAUAAUUGUCCCUGAGUUGAAAAUCAUGAGCUUUUUGAUGAAUAAUGCAUCAACUGAUACACUCACAAGUCUUCAUGUGUAUGAAUAUUUGAAAACCUAAUAAUUUUUAAUAGAAGCUUGUUAAUUUAGCUGCC